CACUGACAGGAAUGGAGUCUGAACAGCCUGAUCCGACUCCCCUGGUUUAGUGAUUCUUUAUAGAGUCCGGGUUAACAAAAGACCUCAGACUCAAGUCCUGAGUCAGUGCGAUGAUUCGAAUCUUUAACUCGAGUUAUUCACUGUCCGACUCCGACCAGCUGUAGUGUGGACCUGUAGGACCUGCAGCUGGUAAGUUCUACAGCAGUGAGGCUGGUGACGAUGUCGUCAAUAAAGGUGGAGAGUGUGGUGGAGGUGAGCGCUCUGAUUGGUGAAGGGCCRGUGUGGGAGGAGUCAGCUCAGAUGCUCCUGUUUGUUGACAUWGCUGGGCAGAAAAUUCACCGCUGGWGUCCARCRACCAGUCAGAUCCAGUCAGUGGAGACGGAUGACACCGUGGGCUUCGCAGUACCUCGCAGGUCAGGUGGUUACGUUGCAGGUGUGGGCCGCAGCAUUGUGGCCGUAGAUUGGUUUGCUCAGAAGUUUACUCCACUGUUGAAUGUUGAUGAAAACAAACCAAACAACCGUCUGAAUGAUGGAAAGGUGGAUCCGAUGGGGCGGCUGCUGGCAGGUACGAUGGGGAAGGAGGUGCGACCAGCGCAGGUUGAGAAGAAGCAAGGAUCCCUCUACUCUGUGAACUCUGAUCUCUCUGUAACAAAACACCUGAGCCAGGUGGACAUAUCUAAUGGGUUGGACUGGUCUCUGGACCAGAAAACCUUUUUCUACAUUGACAGUUUGGCGCUGACCGUUGAUGCUUUUGACUAUGACUUGUGCACUGGACACCUGGGAAAUCGUCGUGUGGUGUACCAUAUGGAGGAGGGKGAGGGGUUUCCUGAUGGGAUGACAGUUGACGCUGAUGGUCAUCUCUGGGUGGCAUGUUAUAACAGAGGACGAGUCAUUAGGAUUGACCCUGCUACUGGUACACGGCUGCAGACGGUCACUCUGCCAGUGACGAAGACCACCUCAUGUUGCUUUGGAGGUACAGACUAUUCUGACUUGUAUGUAACAUCAGCCAGGCUGGGCCUUGACCAAUCAGAGAUCAGCCAGCAGCCUCUGGCCGGAAACACCUUUAGGGUGACAGGGCUUGGAGUCAAAGGUCGACCAUCAUCCUCAUUUUCUGGGUAGUCUUCAGAGACACGGCUCUGAUCUCAAAGUUUCAAUAAUCUGAUUGAUAAUCUUUAGUUGUUGAUUAUUCUUACUUACUUUUAGAUUAAUUUAUAAACACAGUAAAAACCAGGUCCUCUCUCUAA